AUGGAUAUGACCUGGAGACGAUUUAAGGAGCUUUUCUACGAUCGGUACUUCCCUGCCACCACUAGGGUUGCAAAGGCAAAGGAAUUCUUCCACCUGACUCAGGGGCAACUUACUGUGCAGCAGUAUGCUGCAAAAUUCAUGGAGGUCUCCCGUUUUGCACCUUUUAUGGUUCCAGAUGAAUUCCAGAAGGCGAGGUGGUUUGAAAGGGGAUUGAAACCGAGAAUUCACGAACAAGUGGCAGUUCUAAAGGUGCAGAGUUUUUCAGAGUUGGUGGAUAGAGCCACCGUUCAAGAAUUGAGUUUGCAGAGGAGUGCAAAGAUGGCAGAGCAGAGGAAGGGGCCUAUGCCUCCAAGUUUUUCUGAUAAUGCCAGGCAGGGCUCAUGGAAGAGGGAUAGAUAUGUUGGGGGACAGAGAUCUGAUAGAGGUGAUCGAGGUCGUCAGAGCGAUUCGUCACCUCCCUAUUUUUCUCGUUGUAAGUUGAGGCAAUGGGGAGAAUGCCUAGCCAGGAACAUUAAGUGCUAUUGA